ACCUCUUGCUUGAUCUGCGCUCGCUUCUCGUCCUCGCACCGCCAGAGCCGUCAUGCAGCCCACAUCCACCAGUCGACAUGGAGAGCUGCUCCUUGCGAAGCAUCUCGAGCUAUGGCCGACCGACGCCCAGAUCUCGGAGGCCAGGGGGCUAUCGUCCGAUUUUGUCUAUCCACGCAUGUCCGACUACACCAAACUGCAUAGCUUCCGGAUCGGAGUCCUCGUCCAGCACCACCAGCAGGAGAUCUAUCAGGCUCUUCACAGCGCACCUCAGCCCGAAAAGCGACAGCCGCCCGCCGACAGGGCCUAUCUCUUUCAUGCCACACAGUCGCUCGUUUCGCAGCUGGAGCGCUGCAACCUGGAGGUUCCGUACCAUAGCCGCAACGGUGAGCCCACGCAAAUUCUGGAUCUCUCGCCUGAUCGCCAGCCGCCAUCGUCUGGUCUGCAUACCCUACUCGAGAAAUACAGAGGCGCCAUCGCGGCCGAUCGAGCAAUGGUCGAGGCCAAUCGGGAGUUGGAGGAGCAAUAUCUGCAGCUGCGGAACCGGCAGAACGACCAGCUCCUGGAUCUGCACAAGCACCAGACGGCGUCAACUAUAGCCUUUGAGAGACAUCUGCAGGGGCCUUCCGUUCGGACAUCACGAUCGACGGAACAGAAGGCCGGUGCUGGCGCUGCAUCGUCAACAUUGCCCCCGCGCAGGACGUCGUCUCCAACAGCUUAUUCGCCAAACGCGGAACGAAAGGAUAACGAUAGGAGUGCCCAGAGAGGCUCUGACAGCGACUCCAAACGUGAUCCUCGCUCAGACUACAGGAGUGACUCUCGGCCUGAGUACAGAGGCGAUUCUCGACCAGACUACAAAUCUGCUUCUCGCACGGACAGCAGACACGAUCCAAAAGCGGACAGCAGAUACGACCCAAGAGCAGACAGCAGACACGAUUCAAGACCGGAGAGCAGAUACGAUUCAAGAGCGGAUGGUCGAUACGGCUCUCGGUAUGACACCAAAUAUGACUCGAGGGCAGACUAUCGCCGCGACUCGAGGCCGGACCACCGCUAUGAUCCAAGAUCGGACUACCGACGUGACUCUCGACCAGACCCAAAGUACGAUUCGCGCCCAGAUCAUCGAUAUGAGUCCCGGCCCGACAACCGAUACGAAUCUCGGUCGGACUACAGACAAGACUCACGCCCUGAUCACAGGCCCGAUUCCAGAUAUGAGCCGCGCCCCGAUCAAAGCUCAUAUCAAAAGACGGACCACAGGCCCGGCAACCGGCCUGAUCCCAGAUCGGAGCCCAGGACAGACCCAAAGCCUGCUCCAAAACCCGAAGCCGCCAAGCGCGAUCUGAGGCAGAAUACCAAUGCCGGCACCGUUUCCGACCCACGUCGGCCGGCUGCUGCCGAAACCACGCCCCCUCGGCCUACCCCUGCCGAGCGCUCUAAACCAAAGGCGCCCGCGAAGACACCGGCCGAGCCCGAUACUCCUGCGAUGGCUGCGGCCCAUGUGGCUCUCGAGACACCAGAGGCACCCGAGGCACCCGUUGAUCCACCGCCAGCGCCAAACAAGACCAAGCGAAUUACGAUCGCCACAUCGGAUGACGAAGUCAUCGCUACCCGCGAGAUCACCGGCGAAGAGUACCAAGCCAUCCUCACCAAGUUGGUCAAGUACGUCCACCACUGGCGCGAGACACUCCCACGAGAGCCUUUCGUCGACUGGGGAUAUCGUCUCUGUCGGUGUAACAUCGAGCUCGGUCCAGAGAGCAAUCGGCUUGGCUUCAAAGCUGUCAUGUCUGUCAACUCUGAAGUUGAUAUUGAAGUACCCUCUCGUCUCAAGUGCUGGGAGCAGCUGCACCUGGGGCAGUGGUGGGGACACCUGGGUCGGAUGCUGCAAAACCCCAGCAACACCAAAAUCCUUGUAUCUCUACCUGAUCGAGGCACGGGAACGGUAUCGGAGAGCCAGGUCGAGACAUUUGUUUCCCAAGAAGAACUGAAGGUGUUCAAAGCCAAUGUGAAUCGUCCGGGAAUCCGGUCGGUGUAUCUGAUCCCGAUCUCGCACAUCAGCUGCAGCGAUGCUUCGUUUGUGCUCGUGCGGCCGCUGUUUGUCGGUAUCGUUGUGAACUCGACGCAAGCCAUCCCCAGCGCGGUAGACGACCGAUGGACGCUGUCGCUCGAACCGCUCGAGUCGAUCAAUGCUCGGAUUGAACAUUCUAUCCAAAGAACUAUGGGCGAAGCCCCCCACCAGUCCGACGACCCUCUGCAGAACAGUGCGCCUGCGAAUCCCGGCGCUGAUGGCCACGAGGCAAACAGCUACGAGGAUGCCGACCCGUUUCUGAUUCCGCAAGCUGCUCCAGAGCUCCCCGCAGUUUUGAGCUGAGGCUUGCUGUUAACGAUAAGUCAGUGCGUGCCACAUCAAUACACACGAUCAUGAUUUCGAA